UCUCUUUAGUGUUUGCCGUGUGUGUCCCCCCUCCGGUCUCCCCGGUACCGAUCCCCGCCCUACAUGGACUAGAAACACCCCCUCCCCCAACACCCGGUUGACUGCCUUGGCUUCCCCUCUCCCAGGGCACCGGACACACGGAGACAGAGAGACAAGGUAGUCCUUUCUAGCUCCGCCGCACUGACUGUAAUCUGCACUGAACGCUGUUUUACCCCCCCGGCUUUUGGCUCCAAUGGACGGAAAUAUGUCUCAAGUUCCAAACGCGCCGGCCGCCCUCUCCGGGAGCCAGAUCCUCAACAAGAACCAGCAUUCCCCUCUCCCCCAACCUCUGAGCCUCCCUGCCCCCGCCAGCUCGCUGCCCUCCGAAAACGCAGGAAGACCCCAUCAGAACUCCGCUUUACCCCCUUCAUCUGUUACGUCCACCAGCGCCGCUGCAGUUUCUUCUAACAUGGCAAACCCCAAAGAGAAGACCCCUAUGUGUCUUGUGAAUGAGUUAGCCCGUUUCAACAAAGUCCAGCCGCAGUAUAAACUACUAAGCGAGCAAGGCCCGGCUCAUUCAAAGGUCAUUCCACUAGGACGGUGGCAGGAUUACGGCCUUCUUGAGAGAGUGGGAGAAGAUCGCCCAAGACAAAUGUUCACUGUGCAGCUCACGCUAGGGGACCAGUACUGGGAGGCCGAAGGGACGAGUAUUAAAAAGGCCCAACACGCGGCGGCCACCAAAGCCUUGGAGGGGACAAAGUUCCCCAAACCUACAGCCCGCCCGUCUCGCGGUGAGGGAAACAAUCCAGAUAGCAUCACGCCGACCGUGGAGCUGAACGCGCUCUGUAUGAAGCUGGGACGGAAGCCGAUAUACAAAGCCCUGGACCCCUACACAGGCAUCCGGUCCCCGUACAGCUACAACAUGCGCGGCGGCGCCUACCCCCCACGGUACUUCUAUCCCUUCCCGGUGCCGCCGUUACUCUAUCAAGUCGAGCUCUCCAUCGGCGGGCAACUAUUUCACGGGAAAGGAAGGACGAGACAGGCCGCCAAGCAUGACGCCGCCGCUAAAGCGCUCAAGUGUUUGCAGCACGAACCUCUUCUUAACAAACCUGAGCUGAACGGCAAAGCGGCUGAUGAAGAGAAUCUCAAUAAAUCUGAAAUAAGCCAAGUGUUUGAAAUUGCACUGAAAAGGAACUUGCCUGUGAAUUUUGAGGUAACCAAGGAAUCUGGGCCCCCCCACAUGAAGAGCUUCAUUACAAAAGUGUCGGUGGGUGAAUUUUCAGGGGAGGGCGAAGGGAAAAGCAAAAAAAUCUCCAAGAAGAACGCCGCUACGGCGGUGCUCCAGGAGCUGAAGAAGCUGCCGCCUCUCCCGACGGUUGAGAAAAUGAAGCCGAGGAUCAAAAAGAAAACAAAAUCUAUAGUGAAGCUUCCGACAAGCCCCGAGUACGGUCAAGGCAUGAACCCUAUCAGCAGACUAGCUCAAAUCCAACAAGCGAAAAAAGAAAAAGAGCCAGAAUAUAUCUUAAUAACAGAAAAGGGAUUGCCGAGGCGCCGCGAGUUUGUCAUGCAGGUUAAAGUUGGGAAUCUCACGGCGGACGGCUCGGGCACUAAUAAGAAGGUGGCCAAACGGAACGCUGCCGAAAACAUGCUGGAAUUUCUAGGUUUUAAGAUCCCUCCGCCUCCCCCAAAGCCGGCUCUCAAAACCGAGGAAAAGACGCCUUUGAAGAAACCCGGAGACGGAAGGAAAGUGACGUUUUACGAGCCCGGCUCCGGAGAAUCCGACACGGUUAAUAGUAACAAGGAAGACGAGUUCAGAAUGCCUUAUCACAGUCAUCAGCAGCUGCCCGCCGGGAUCCUGCCGAUGGUUCCCGAGGUGGCCCAAGCUGUCGGCGUCAAUAAAGUUCUGAACACCAAAGAAUUCAACAGAGUGGCCCCCAACCCUGCCAAGGCGACGCUGACGGCCAUGAUUGCACGAGAGCUGCUGUACGCCCGGAACUCCCCCACCGCCGACGCCAUCUUAAAGAACAAUAACUCCAGCUACGCACUUCACGGCCCUCUCUUAAGACCCUCCGAACAGUUAGAUUUCCUCUCCAACGUCCAAGGAAUACAGGUGGAAUAUAAAGAUUUUCCAAAGAAUAAUAAAAAUGAAUUUGUGUCGUUGAUAAACUGUUCCUCUCAACCACCGCUAAUCAGUCACGGUAUAGGGAAGGACGUGGAGACCUGUCACGAUAUGGCUGCGUUGAACAUCUUGAAGCUGCUGUCUGAGCUGGACCAACAAAACACCGAUCUGCCACGGACGGGAAACGGGCCAAUGUCUGUAUGUGUCAAACCAGAAAUGGAAAGUGACGCCCUCCUCAAACCGGCUAACUCAAACACUUUGGGACAAACACUGGACAGUACCGCCUGAAAAAAAACUAACAAAAAAGACAGGUUUUAAACUGAACCUUUAAAGCACCAUCGAAAAUCAAA